AUGAAAGGAAGAGUUAUUGAUGAAGAGAAAGUGAAUGGAAAAAUGGGGAUGAGAAUUAUGGUGGGAUUGGUACCAAUUUUGGUGGUGAUGAUUUUGUGGGUAACAUCAAAAUCAUCUCAAAUUUUUCUAAGUAGUCAUCUUUUUGUUAGUCCUCAUUUAAUUUUCUCAAUCUUCAACUCCAUAAUUCUUCUCAUAACUAUGAGAAACCAUGAGCCACAUCCUCGUGAACAAUUUGAGAUAAUGGAACUUACUCUUCAAUUAUCCCCCUAUCAUAAGCCUCAUCAAGACAUUGAAUUUAGCGCUUGUGAUCAACGUGAAGAUACAAGAGAAGAAGACGAAGAUGAAGACAAAAAUGUCGAAUAUGGCAACAAAAAUGAGAAAGAAGACGAGUUCAAUGAUGAAGAUGAAAUCAAGCAAUUGAAUGAGAAAGAACAUGAAGACGAAGAUAAUGACCGUGACGAGGUCGGAGAUGAGGAAGAAGAUGAAGAAUUGGAGAAGAGGAUUGAAGAAUUCAUAGCAAAAGUGAACAAGAGAUGGAGAGAAGAGAAGUUAAGAGACCAUUUGCUUAUUCAAAUUUGUUCUAAUAAUGUUAGUAGUACCUCAAAUUAA